AAAUAGUGCAUAUGGUGCCUGUGAAAGUUUUAGUUUAAAAACGACAUCGUUUGCUGAGACAAUGUAAUGUAAAUGUCAACGAAUUUGGAGUCUUCCGCCUUCUAAGUCUGGUGUUUGAGCUGCUUGGGAAACCGGAGAAAUAAAGAGAAUGGCUGCUAAACCUGGUGCUGCUUCAACCACUGACUCUCCAAUUAACCACGCCAAUAAAACCCGACCACCCAUUUUCACUUGCUCUGAUAUCGACUGGCUCCGACCCGACUCUCGUGCCUUCAGUUUUUCCGGACAGGUGCUGCGAAUUCUGCAGCAGGAUCUGCUUAUGCAGAAUUUGGAAAUACCAAGAUUUGGGCCAAGGGAAAGUAAGAAAGCAAUGAUGUACAGUGAUAUAGGUCGGUUAAAUUCUAAUGUCAGCUAUACAGCUUUUGCCACCCCAGUUCGUGAACAGGGAUCAGACCACAAAGAAUUUUCAUCUAUGCUUCAUAAAGCUUUAGAAGGAGUAAUAAAGUUGGAAACUUUCCCAAAGACAACUGUGGAUGUUUUUGCAUUGGUGUUGGAAUCUGGAGGCAGUGAUCUCCCUGUUGUGAUAUCAUGUGCCAGUCUUGCUCUUGCAGAUGCUGGGAUUAUGAUGUAUGACCUUGUUGCUUCAUUUUCUGUGUCAUGCCUAGGGAAAAAUCUUUUGAUUGAUCCCAUUUUGGAAGAGGAAAGCUACAAAGAUGGAAGCUUAACGAUUGCUUGUAUGCCUUCUUGUUAUGAGGUGACUCAAUUAAUUGUUUCAGGGGAAUGGUCAACCUCAAAAUUUAACGAGCUCUGCCUUGACGCAUCUGCUAAUGUUGGGGAAAUCAUGAGAUUAUGGUCAAAAGAAGCUGCUUCAGCUACACAAGAAUAGAUAUAUAUAUAUAUAUAUAUAUAUAUUUUAAAUUUAUAUUAUUUUUUACCAUAUAGGAUCCAAGUGAAGCCACCAGUUUAGAUUUGUUUCCCUUUCUUUUUUGAAAAUAAGUUCAUUGAGUUUAGGGUUUUUCUUUUUCCUUGUUUGUAUUUCUUGCGCUCAUUUAAUUAUUCGGUUUGUACGGUUUAUCGUGCCCUGAUAGCACUUCAGAGAUGAAGACUUACGAAAAUUUAACAAUGAAUGCAGAAAAAAAAGGGGCAAUAUUGAUAUCUUCUAAUCA